GAGUCUAUUGCUACACUUUUAACCAUAUAACAUUUGUUAAUCACGUAAUGACGCUGAACAACUUGGUUGAGACUAGUGGUGGUUUGGUCCGGGCUAUGUACUGGAGACGAAAACAUGUCCAAGGGACGUCUCGUGUGUACCCAUCUUCUUGACCAGAAUGAAUGUGGGUGUGGCACACAGUGAGGUGAACCCAAAUACUCGGGUUAUGAACAGUCGAGGGAUCUGGUUGACCUAUGCCCUUGGUGUUGGAAUACUUCACAUUGUGCUCUUGAGCAUACCCUUCUUCAGCGUGCCAGUGGUGUGGACUCUAACUAACGUUAUACACAACUUUGGAAUGUAUGUCUUUAUGCAUGCAGUGAAAGGCACACCUUUCGAGACACCUGACCAAGGAAAAGCCAGACUUCUUACACAUUGGGAACAGCUUGACUACGGCGUGCAGUUCACUUCAUCUAGAAAGUUUUUCACCAUCUCCCCAAUCAUUCUAUACUUCUUGGCAAGUUUCUACACAAAGUAUGACACAGCACACUUUGUCAUAAACACUGCCUCACUUUUGAGCGUCCUGAUCCCCAAGCUGCCACAACUACACGGAGUGAGGAUUUUCGGCAUCAACAAGUAUUAAGUUAUUGUAAAUGCUGUGCCUCAUAGCAACAGAAGUUAAUUCCUGUGUAGUCUGUACCGCUGAUGUGUGUACUAAGUCAUACAGUUUAUGUAAACGUCACAGUCGUCAUUUAGAUAUCAGGUUUAAGAUGAAAUGUUUAAAACAAAAAAAAAAAAGCAGGUUUAG